AUGCACUCUCCAUCAAAGAGAUCCUCCAAACGCAGCAUGACUCCGGCAUCCACUGGGCCCUCAAAGCCCACCGCAGCGCCCGGGGUUCCCGUGGCUCCCACAGCUCUGGCAUCCACUGGGCCCUCAAAGCCCACCCCCACCCCAGCUCCUGUGGCUCCCACAUCUCCAGCUUCCUUGAAGAUCACCAAAGCAGUCGUGCCCACCAGCUCUCUGGCGCAUCCUAAGUCCCCUAACCCGCUAAUGAGCCCCAGCAGUUCUAAGUCUGCCAGAGCAGCAGGUGCCAAGACAGCCCCUUCCACCCGGCCCAGCAGCAGGUCCCAAGGCCGGAGCAAGACCAGAACAUCUAGUCAGGUGAGCACUGCUACCAAGGCCAGGAAGGCCAGCAGGGGCAGGAAGGGAGGCAAGACUGCAGCUGUGGGACAGUAUCAGCAGAGAGACACACACAGUCGGGGGCGAACGCCAGGCAAAAGGGGAAGUCAGAACUCCAAGGGAUCCCCCAACAGGACCAGCACCCCUAGCAGGAAGAGAACCCAUUCCGCCAAACCAGGUGUGGCCAAGAAGGCGAGGACCCCCACUUCCCGCCGCAGAGACAGUAGAGGCAAGAGUUAUAGCCGACCGAGAACCAGCACCCAUGAGAGGAAGGGCAGCUGGCUCAGAGACAGGCACAGGACAAAGAGCCCCAAGGUGCGCGGAGCCGCAGACACGCAGCGCGCCAGCUCUAGGCUUCCCGCAAUCCCUAGCAGGGCCAAGAGCCACAGCCCAAAUAGGACAGUCUUCAAGAGCUUUAUCAAGUCUCCGGUGGUGACCAGGAGAGCCAGGAGCUACACCCAGGUGACUUCCCCCAUCAGGGAACAGACUCACACCCUGACUGAUCUGACGCACACGUCAGGCACGGUCAAGAGCUACAUGCAGGCCAGAAGCCACAGCAGGACCCAAAGCCUCAGCCGCUCCAGGACCCCUAGCAGGACCCGAAGUCACAGCCGCUCUAGAACCCCCAGAAGGUCAAGAAGUCACAGUCGCAAGAGGGCACAGAGCCAGGAGAGAAGUCACAGCUCCAAGAGAAAUCGCAGUAGGGCAAGAAGUCGUACCCGGAGGGGCACGCCCACCCAGAUGGGGCAAAGCCAGUCGAGCAACCACAGCCAGGAGAGAAGUCACAGCCCACGGAAACCUCAAAGGGAAAGAAGCCAGGUGUGGUCUAGGACCUCUAGCGAGGAAAAAAGCCACAGCGGGUCCAGAAGUACCAAGGAGAGAGAUCACAGCCGCUCAAGAGCCACCAAGAAGGGUCACAGGAAGUCAAGAGUGUCCAGUUCUGAGAGCGGGAGCAGCCGCUCUAGAAGCCCCAGCACAGACGUGGCCCACAGCCCGUCUCUAACUCCCAUCAAGAAGAGAGCCCGGAGCAGAUCCAGAAUCUCCAACCAGGAGAACCAGAACAGCCACUCUAGAACCCACAGCCACUCUAGAACCUCCAGCAAGGACAGAGAACCCACCCAAGACGCAACCCCAAAGAGCCUCCAUGGGGAGGCGUCUCCCACCAGGACCAAGACUUCUGGUCCGAAAAAAGCUGGUGACAAGGCCAGCGGCCAUUCCCCGACACAGCUCCCCAAGGAGACCCAACCCAAGGAGGCCAGUCUUGUCAACACUGCUACUUCUAAGGCCACCUCACCUGGGGAAAGGUCUUCAUCUUCUUCCUCCAAGCUGGCGUAG